AGAUGGAAAAUGUUGAACAACUACCAGAAUGAAAGCAUAAAACAUAUUUUCUCUUUCAAUGGUGGGAAUUGAGAAAAUUCCAGAAUGCAAGUACCGUUGGAAUACUAACGAGGAGAUAUUGCAAUACUUGAACUACGCUUGCCUGAACUUUCACGUGUUAAAGAAGAAACACAUAGUACGUGCCAAGAAUGGAGCUAUGCUACUGUUCGACAGAACCAAGGUGCGUUACAAGACAGAUGGAUAUGAGUGGAAGAAAAGAAAAGACGGUAAAAAUGUUAGAGAGGAUCACAUGAAACUAAAGGUUAACGGAGUCGAGUGUCUCUACGGGGCGUAUGUACACAAUGAAGCAGUGCCCAACUUUCAUCGCCGUUGCUACUGGAAAUUAAAGACUCCUAAAGUGGUACUAGUACACUAUCUGUACGUAGCAGAGGAGGUGCAGACUGGACCGCCACCUAUCUCACAGCUUCAUAACGCUAUCUCCCAACUUCAGAACAUAUUUAACGUACCAGAGGAUGAGCUGUUGAGAUCAGUGACUUCCUCCCAAAACGGCUCACCGCCCACAUCUGAGAUACAAGAAAAUCAGGAUCAACCCUCUCCGGAGGUGGACUCAACUCGGGCUUCACAACUCCUUCUAAUCUUGAGGAAACAGGGUCAUCAGCUCAAACAGCUCAUUUACCAGGACAGUAAAAAUGGUAAUUUGGUGGAGGAUAAAGAUACGCAGACAGAUAAAUGUAUACAAAGUACCAGCGUACAUCACUCCUGCUGUGAAGGAAAUGGUGCAUGCGCGACUCAAAACGGCACGUCUAACAGCACGUGCACGAUGCACGACAGCGUGAUGCACAGUAACAGCUCCUUGAGUCCGGUACCCUCUACAAGCAAAGAGAGCGAGCGGAUGGACACGGAAAGUGUCCACAACAAUCAGGAGGAGGACCUGGAACAAAACUCUUUACUGGUCAGCAAACACAACCCUCUCCUCAGCAACUCUAGCAGUGAUGAUCUCAACCCUUUCCUUGAUCCUAUCCUUCCUUCUCUUAGCAAUGGCCAUGAUGACGCCGGCUCCAGUUCUUACAAUAAGAACGAAUGUGACAUGUUCUUUAACAACCCAGAUUUACUGAAGUACGAUCUGGCGUCCCUCAAGGACAAGGAUUCGAAAUUGUUUGAACUGUUUGAAGAAGCUGAUAUGGCAUCCAAUCAUGAGUCGUUUGGUUGCCCAGAUAUUCCGUUUCAACACGAUCCCACUGCAUCUCUGCACACUACUGUGGUUGAUGUAAGGGAGCAGGAGAACGUUCCAGUUGGACAAAAGAGGAAGUACAGCAGUAACACUGAGAACAAUACCAUGGAGCUAGACGCGUCGGUUUCUCCUCAUAUCACCACCAUAUCACCCAACAUCACCACCAUAUCACCUUGCACCACCACUGUCGCUCAGAGCAUCACCACUGUCGCUCAGAGCUCUCCCUCAGAGAAUGGUUACUCGUACACCAGGGAGCCUGUGUCAUCAGCGGAGGCGAGCCCUGUCCUUCCUACUUCGGAGUACCGUAUCUCAAUCACAACCAUCAGCCCGGAGUGGGCCUUCCUCGCUGGGGGAGAGAAGGUAGUUUUGGUUGGGGAUUGGGAACGGAUACAGGGACCAUGUUGUGUUGUUUUUGGUAACACAAUGGUACCAGCUCAGCCCCUUCGAAAUGGUGUGUUACAAGUCGUAUGCCCCGCCUCACCCCACCCGGGUGUGGUUACUGUCCACAUUGUAGGGCAGGGUGUAAUCAUCACAGACUCACAGACCAAGUUUACAUACAGAGAACAACACAGUCCGAGUCAGUGGCUCAAUGUUGUGGACUCUAACUUCAAGUAUUCUCUUAUCAACCGGCUGGAGGCGCUAGAAUCACAGGUUCGAAUGCUGUCCUCGACCCAAUUCACCGGGGACCUACAAACCAGGAUGUGCUCCAUCUCCCAGACCAUCCUAAAAAAACUCUCCAGAACAGAUAAGCUACCCCGAGCUCCUCGAGGUCUGAGACUGGUCCACCUGGCAGCUGCUGUCGGCUACUCCCGUCUCCUCCUCCUUCUCCUGAAGUUCUCCUCGCUCCAGGAGUGUAACCCCUGCUCUUUAGACGACAUGGGGAACAACGCUUUGGUGUGGGCCUGUGUGGGGGGCCACACCCCCACUAUCUACAUCCUGCUGAGAUGCUGCCCCCGACUGAGGGGUACCAGGGACGGCUGGGGUCGUCCCAUCAGGGAGGUCUAUGAAACUAGUCUGGGUAACAAGAAGGGGGAGACUGCUGCUCGGACUAUACAGCUGCACUACAGGACUUACAAACAGAAGAAACUAAACGACGCUGCUAUUAGGAUUCAAACCAGAUUCAGAACAUACAAACAGCAGUGUACAUUUGAGCAGAUGAGGCGAGCAGUGGUUAUCAUCCAGCAGUCCUACAGAGACCACAUGAAAACCAAGGAGGUAGCAGCGAAGACGAUACAGCGGUGCUGGAGACAGACUUCAAGACAGAGACGAGUCCUGGGUCUGGCGAGCAACACUGGUUUCUACUAAUCUGUGGUGGUACAGGAUGGGCACCUAUCUGUGAAACUAGGCUUUUUUAAACAUUCUCCUCACACCAAUAUGAAACAUCACCUUAACAUCACCUUAACAUCACCUUAACUUGAAAAACAAAUUCGAUGGACUGGCUGUUUUUAUUGAAAAUUUAACCUUGUGCAUAUCUGUUUACCUUGUGUCAAUAACAUUCUCAGAAACUACCAUAUGUUUUAUCAGAAUUUGCGUGUUUUUGUCCUGAGCUGAUACUCUAGCUUUUUACUGUGUCCUUUUCGUGCGUUCGUUAGUUUUAAUUGAUCCUGUGUCCUGCUGAUGAUGAUUUGUACGUAUAGACAAUGCGACUUAUUUGCUUUGUUUUUACCAAGUGGAAUGUGGAAUGUUGGCUUGUAACCUGCUACAAUGAACACAGCAAAUUACUCACAUUUACCUUAAAGCUAUUUAAACUGAACUACUGUGUGUUGUUUUGUGUGACGCUUGUUUUAUAUUCUAGAUCAAACUGUUAUCGUAGGGCCCUGUCUCUCUAUUUAAUGAGCCUGACUUGAACUUAAUUACUCCAAUUUGUUAGAAUUAACCACUCUGAAAAAGUCGUCCUGUCUGAUAUCUCUCUCGAGUCGAAUGCGAAUUAUCUCAGAACAUUGUUAUAUGAUACUUGUACACUUUUUAAGAAAUUUGACCUUUAAAGGAAGUUUGGUAGCCUUUUAAAACGGUAAUGAAAUACCGAAAUUGCAGUGAAAAUUAACUUUAUGUCAUAACCUUAAAACUAGGUGUCCUGUUUUCCAGAAAGUUAUUAUCAGUGUCAACUGUUAAUUUACUUUGCACAGUUUUUUGAACGUUUGAUCGUCGUGUCUUCUUAAUCUACGUUUGCAGUAAUUUAUGAAUAUUUAUUAGUCGAAUUUAGGAUUUUAAUAUUAAUUUAUGAGCAGAAUAAUAAUAAUUAGUUGUCGUAGUAAAAUUUAGCGAAAUGAUACUGUAAACAUUUGAAUUUAACAUAGGAGAAGUUACAUAGUGUCUGUAACAUAUUUAUAUUUUUUACAGAUUAUCAAUUUAUAAAUUUUCAUUAUCUUUUUUGUCAUUUCGAAUUUUCACCAAUAAAUUAUAAUGCCUUUGUAGGCAUGAAUUUGCAAUUUCAUAGUGAAUAGAGUUUCCGCCGAUACUUGUUAAUACAUAUUAAAGCUCGGCAUAGGAUUUUUGGUUUCAUCUAAUUCGAUUAAAAAAGGUUAGCUAUAAGAGCGUAAAUCACUUUCAUAUAAUAGUAUUAUGCACUAAUAGUGUAAAUAUGAUAUAACUUAUAAGUUAUUCGUUACAUGGUAAGGAAUAUGAGAAUAUUUUCAUGGUGACCAAGCUAUUGUGGCCAAAUACAUUUUAAUUACGUGUGUGAAUAUAUAUUGAAAAUUUAAAUAUAUCCUAUAAUGCUAUUGUGAAUAUCGUUUGCUGAGUUUCCAACGCUUUAUUAAGCUGUUUAUGCCAA